AUGGAUUCCAAGAAAGGCAAGAAGAAGGCCGCUGGACCGGCUAAGAACCCACGCAUUAUCACAAAAUGCGCCGAAAUGGAGGCCAAAGUCCAGCAGAUCGGGGAGCUGAAGGUGAAAUUCGCGGGUGUUGCUAAGGCUCUAAGACCAGCAUUGGCCGAAAUGGCGGGGCGGACUUCGCAGCAAAUGGGCCACGCUACGUAUGACAAAGACGGACGCCGCAAAGCACAAUACGACGCUCUGGUUGUAGAGCUCGAGAAGGUCCGAGGUUCGGAUAUUGCACGCCGCGUUGCCUAUCAUGAGACCCAUCGAGAGUUGAAGGCGGUAUCGGUCCAGCAUGAGACACUUCAGGAAAUGACCACGAUCGAGAACCAAUACAGGAAAAAGGUUGAUGAGAUCCGUGAAAGCAGUCUCACCCACCUCAGACUCUCUUAUAUGACACGGGUAGUCCAGAUAGCGAAUGGACUGGGCGCCGACCUCGAGAACCUUGGACAAGGCUCCAACAAACGCACACACAGAAGCCCCGAUCCCAACGGGAACAAUAUCGCGAGGUACAAAGACACACAAGCGAGCGCGAAACAGCAUUUCUAUUGGAGCACCAAGGUCAUGUGGGACGAUUGGACGAAUCGGAAGCAUGCGGAUUCUGAGAUGGCGAGCCAGGGCCGCAUCCUUCCCCGUCCAUACAAUUAUAUCCAAGCUGAGAUGAUUGAGUCAGGCGCGAGGGGCCAUCGGAUGGAAUUGCACAGUGAAAGAGAGGACAAGAGACCGGACAGCACCUGGAUUGGAGGGAUGGGGAAGCUAGCGUAUUUCGAGGCAGGGGAGGGUAACGUGGGGAUGGCUUGA